AUGCGCGUCUCUACCUUGACUACUUUUGCUCUCGCUGCCGUGGUUUCUUCUGCCGCCGGUAAACGCACACUCCUCAAAAGUUCCUCCGGCGACUUUUUUGUUGGAAACGACUAUGCAGACGACCACGAAGGUUCAGGAAUACUACGGUUCUACGAAAACUCUCGUAAUGAGAAUACUGUGAGCUUCAGUCUUAGUAACGACACGACGCUUUCCUAUGCCCUCCACGGCUAUGAAGCCUACCCUGUCUCCUCGAUGUAUCUAGACCUGCUACUUGGUGGUGGUGUGCCUGAUGGGCCUGACAACCUCAGCUCGGAGAUAUGGGGUGACGAGCUAGGAGAUAGAGAAGCGAAAACCGCCAAGGGCUACUCUUGGGGGGAAAAUGGGAAGUUAGAAUGCUCGAACAGCGCGUUCCAUGGAUGGGUUCACUGUCAAGGUGGUGACUACACGCACAACAACUCCACUUCUUUCUACUGGGCUUCGCAACCAAUUGAAAAAUUGCCAAAGGAAUGCACUCAAGUUGAGCUCUUCAAAAUUGAGGUGUGA